AUGCUAGGCAAGCAGGGUAAGAGAGACCAGGCUAAAGAGACGAUUGAUGCUCGAUGGAAGACCGCGGAGUCCUCCCUCAUGAAGAACGUACUUCGCUCGCAGUCUUUAUCCGAAUCGGAACUGGAAACAGCGAGAUUUCUGUCCUCUGCUAUCAUCAGAUGUUGGCGAGAGGAGCUUGAUACUCUUGGCAAAACAACACAGAACGCCCUGCAGGCUCCAAAACUCUUGUCGAAGUGGGAAAACCUUCUGACGCUACAAAACAACGAAGCGGUGCAUCUUCGUGCUCACCCGGACAGUUUGGAUACGUGGAUCCGUGUUUACACGUUCUUGCGAUGUGCGGUGCAGGCAGCAUCUUCGGCCAUUCCAUCGACGCUAGCAAGUUAUUUCGAGGGGAGCGAAAGGAUUCGAGACGUUCUCGCCAGGGACCAUGGCAACGUUUUCGGGAUCUGGGAAGAGGGAGAGGCGAUGCUAGACGACGACGAAUCCGAAAUGCUGGGAUUCGCGAUGUACAUCGAGGGUUCAUAUUUCAACCAUAGCUGUGAUCCAAACGUCGGCAAAACUCGACGAGGACGCGCUAUGGAAUUCCGGACAACUCGAGAAAUUGUUGCUGGCGAGGAGCUCAAUAUCAACUACAUAGACACGAAAGCGGAUUGGAAGAGCCGCCGCAAAGAACUCCUCAGUGGGUGGUACUUUGACUGCAAGUGCAGGCGUUGCAUCGACGAACAAGCCUCGGACAUAACAACGUAG